AUGGAUGAUUUGCUACCCUACUAUUACGAUCUCAAUGCUUUUAGUGAAAACAGGGAGCCCCUUUCUACUCGAGGUGAAUUAGUCAAGGAGUCUCGCAUCCGCCCUUCCAUGAAUGGCGAGAUCGAAUCUGUCCUAGGAGGGACUGCUUUUGCUGAGUUUUCUGUGUGGACAGCCAUUGACGUCCUCUUUUUCUCUUUUAGCAUUGUAUCCGAAGGUGAGAAUGUGCCCGUCUAUAACUCUUCUGAUGUGGUGAACUUUUCCAAAGAUUUGAGAGUCAUUCGUGCUCAAUAUUUUUAUUUCUCAUGUGUUUUCUUGUUGAAGCUUGCACGGGAAACCUUGUCGUUUUGGGUGAAGGCUUUCUCUGAGGACACUGCAAAGAGAUUGGAAAACUUUGGGUUCAUUCAAUUCCGACCAGGAGGUGAAUAUCAUGGUAACAACCCUGAGAUGUCAAAACUGCUUCAUAAAGCAGUUCGCCAGAAAAGUGAAAGUGCUUAUAUUAUUUAUCAGCAGCACGUUGCUAACCGGCCAGUAAAUGUUCUUAGAGAUCUACUUGAGCUUAAGAGUAAACGCCCACCUAUUCCAGUUGGCAAAGUUGAACCUGCAUCUUCCAUUGUGCAACGCUUUUGUACCGGUGGAAUGUCUCUCGGGGCUAUUUCUAGGGAAACACAUGAAGCUAUUGCAAUUGCCAUGAAUAGGCUAGGUGGAAAAUCUAAUUCUGGAGAAGGUGGUGAGGAUCCUAUCCGCUGGAGUCCACUUGCAGAUGUUAUUGAUGGGUAUUCUCCAACGCUACCUCACCUUAAAGGUCUCCAGAAUGGCGAUACUGCUACAAGUGCAAUUAAACAGAGCCCCAAAUCCCUCUUGAAAGGGGACCGAGACCUUGAGGCAAGAGUAAGUCCAGAGUCUGCAGAAGGGAGAGCUGCUGCCAUGCAUCUUGCAUUACAGAUUUGGUCAACUUCGCUUGCAGCUGCAAGCUUGAGCCCCCGCCUCUUUUGA